AUGAAAAUUAUCUUUGCUUUUUUUUGUCUUCUUAUUGUAAGUGUUUAUUGUGCACCAAUAGUCGAUGAACAAUUAAAUGACUCUUGGACAUUAUUUAAACGUGUUUAUAAGAAAGGAUAUGCAUCAAAUGAUGAGGAAACUGCUCGACGAACAAUUUGGGAAAAAAAUCUUGCCAAAAUUCGUAAACAUAAUCUUGAAGCCGAUAUUGGUCUUCAUAAAUAUAGAAUGGGAAUGAAUCAUUUUGGUGAUUUAGCUCAUGAAGAAUUUAAAAAACAAAUGAAUGGAUUUAAAAUGAAUGCUAAUACGAAUGCACAUACACAAGAUCGUCAUAUGUUUGUAGCACCAUCAAAUGUCGUUAUUCCAGAUGAAGUUGAUUGGCGCAAAGAAGGAUAUGUUACUCCUGUUAAAGAUCAAGGACAAUGUGGAUCAUGUUGGGCUUUUUCAGCAACUGGUUCACUUGAAGGUCAAACUUUUGCUAAAACCAAAACACUUCCUUCACUUUCCGAACAACAAUUAGUUGAUUGUUCAACUAAAUUUGAUAAUCAAGGUUGUGAUGGUGGUUUAAUGAAUAAUGCCUUUGAAUAUAUCAAACAAAACAAUGGUAUAGAUUCUGAAAAAAGUUAUCCAUAUUUAGCUUAUGAUUCAAAAUGUCGUUUUAAACCAGAAGAUGUUGCUGCUACUGAUUAUGGUUACAUUUAUAUUAAAGAACAAAAUGAAACUGAUCUUACAAUUGCUAUUGCUACAGUUGGUCCUAUUGCAGUUGCUAUAGAUGCUGGACAUGAUUCAUUUCAAUUCUAUUCUAGUGGUAUUUAUGAUGAACCAGAAUGUUCAAGAACUGAUCUUGAUCAUGGUGUAUUAGCUGUUGGAUAUGGUCAAGAGGGUUCAAAACAUCCCGAAUAUUAUUAUAUUGUUAAAAAUUCAUGGAGUGAAGGAUGGGGUGAUGGUGGUUAUAUUAAAAUGCUUCGAAAUUCAAACAAUCAAUGUGGUAUCGCUACUAUGGCAAGCUACCCACUUGUCUAA